AUGAGUGAGGAAGAAACAUUUUGUUUUUCUGGUUCAGAUGGAGAAGAGGAAAAAACGAUGUCCUCAAAAGAAUUACUCUCACUUCUUGAAACGGCUUGGUUAAAUGAAAAAUUUGCACCUGAACUCUUGCAUCAUAAGAUUGAGAUUGUUGAUUGCAUGUUGGAUCAGUUAAGUGCAAUGGCAAAAAAUUUGGAAAAGUCUAGAAAGCCAAACAUUCGAGUUUCAAUACAUGAAUUAGAAUUGGAAAGAAUCAAAUUCAUUCUGAGCAGUUAUUUGCGACAAAGGUUACAAAAGGUUGUAUUAUUUAUUUUCUAA